AUGAAUGCACAUACUCAUGAUGUCGAAAAUCUGGCAAAAGAUUUGAAUGUAGAUGUUCUAAAGGGACUUUCACAAGGUGAAGUGGAAAGCAGGAAGAAAAUUUUUGGACGAAACAGUCUUUCUGAUGAUUCAAAGAUCGAUUAUAAAACAAUGGUUAUCCACCAGGUCUGCAAUGCCAUGGUUCUGGUGCUGGUAAUUUCUUCAGCUAUAUCUUUUGGUAUUCGUGACUGGAUAACAGGCGGGGUGAUUGCAUUUGUGAUUGCCCUGAACGUUCUGAUCGGUUUGUUCCAGGAAUACAAAGCGACAGUGACUAUGAAUUCUCUCAAGGCGCUCAGCACGCCAUAUGCUCAUCUACUAAGAGAUGGUUCUGAACAAGAAAUUGCAUCUGAGGAACUUGUCCCAGGCGACUUGUGUUAUGUUAAGGUUGGAGAUACCGUGCCUGCAGACCUACGUUUGAUAAACUGCAAUAAUUUUGAAACUGAUGAAGCACUUUUAACAGGUGAAUCUUUACCAGUCGCUAAGGAUGCGAACAUCACGUAUGAUGCGGAAAAAGAUGUGCCGGUUGGAGAUCGGUUUAAUAUGGCGUAUGCAUCUUCCGUCGUUGUAAAGGGUAGGGCACAAGGUAUAGUGGUCAACACGGGGCUUAACACAGAAAUAGGUAAGAUUGCUGAAUAUCUUAGAUCUGCUGAUGAUAUAAUAUGUCGGGAUCCUACCAAAAGUUUUUUCCAACGGUGGUGGAUAACCUUGAAGCGUGGGACCGGUGCAUUUCUUGGAAUUACCAUUGGAACUCCUCUGCAUCGUAAGCUUUCGAUGCUAGCUGUUUUACUAUUUUGCGUUGCAGUUGUAUUUGCAAUUGUUGUUCUUGCCUCUCAAAGCUUUCAUGUAAACCGAGGUGUGGCUGUGUAUGCUAUUUGCGUUGCCCUAUCAAUGAUUCCAUCUUCCUUAGUUGUGGUUUUAACAAUUACGAUGUCAGUUGGUGCGGCAGUGAUGGCAGAAAGGAAUGUCAUCAUUAGAAAAUUAGAUUCUUUAGAAGCUCUCGGGGCUGUUAAUGAUGUCUGCUCGGAUAAAACAGGAACUCUGACUCAAGGUAAAAUGUUGGCUAGACAGAUAUGGAUACCUAAACUUGGUACUAUCGAAAUAAGUAGUACGGAUGAGCCUUUUAAUCCUACAGUAGGUGAGGUAAGUCUAAAAACUGGUGUAUCUCCACUCGAUAGUCCAGAUAGUUCUGAUCAAGAGGUUGUAAGUAUCAAUGAUUUUGAGAGCAAGUAUCGUGAUAAAAAGGUGUCGAGCAUUGACGGUUCUAUAUAUCUCACUGAGUGGCUCGAAACCGCAGCAUUAGCAAAUAUCGCAAAAGUAUACCAAGAGAAUGGGACAGGAGAAUGGAAGGCUCAUGGCGAUCCAACUGAGGUUGCUUUACGGGUUUUUACUAUGAGAAUGGGCAUGCAUCGCUCUCUACUUACUACCGACGAAUCUACUGGUGAAAAUAAUAGCGAUGAUUCAUCAUCAGAGAAAACAGUUCAGAAGAGCGUUCAAUCAAGUACACUCAAAUAUUCCUUUUUAAUGGAGUUUCCAUUUGAUUCGACAAUCAAAAGAAUGUCAACAACUUACAAAAAUACAAUUGACGGAACUAUAAACGUUUUCACUAAGGGUGCCUUAGAGAGUGUUUUGAAAUGCUGUUCUUCAUGGUAUGCUCCCACUCCUGGCUCCAAGAAGCAACAUGCGGUACCACUAGAGAAGCAAGAUUCCAUCCUUAUUCAAAAUGUUGUUGAAAAAAUAGCCUCUAAGGGCUUGAGAGUGCUGGCACUCGCAAAGAAAACCUUACCCAGUGAUCUUUCAGAUACAGAACUGGAAAAGAUGAAAAAUCACAGAGACCUUGCAGAAUCUGGCCUAUGUUUUUUGGGACUAGUAGGAAUAUACGAUCCCCCAAGGAGAGAAACAGAAGGUGCCAUCAAAAAGUUCCAUACUGCUGGUAUCAAUGUCCGUAUGUUAACAGGUGACUUUCCAGGGACUGCCAAAGCAAUCGCCCAGGAGAUUGGUCUUUUGCCUCAAAAUUUAGGUCAGUUUUCGAAAGAGCUGGUAGAUAGCAUGAUAAUGACGGGUACCCAGUUUGACCAUCUAUCGAAUGAUCAAAUCGACAAACUGCCAUCAUUACCCCUGGUUGUUGCGCGUUGUUCGCCUCAAACAAAGGUACGUAUGAUCGAAGCACUACAUCGUCGUGACAAAUUUUGCGCUAUGACUGGAGAUGGGGUUAACGAUUCUCCGUCCUUGAAAAUGGCCAAUAUUGGAAUUGCAAUGGGUAUUAAUGGGUCUGAUGUUGCCAAAGAUGCCUCUGAUAUUGUCCUGAGCGAUGAUAAUUUUGCAUCCAUACUUAACGCUGUCGAGGAAGGUAGAAGGAUGACAGACAACAUCCAGAAGUUUGUUCUUCAGUUGCUUGCCGGUAAUUGGGCCCAAACCCUUUUCAUGAUCGUUGGUAUAUCGUUCUUCGAUAACGAUGGAAUGUCUGUUUACCCUCUUUCACCUGUUGAAGUUUUGUGGGUUAUUAUUGUCACAGCAUGCUUCCCUGCUAUGUCACUGGGUCUAGAGAAAGCAGCUCCUGAUUUAAUGGAAAGACCGCCUAAUGAUUCUAAGAUGGGUAUCUUUACAUGGGAAGUUAUUAUUGACAUGUUUUCAUAUGGUUUACUAAUGGCGAUUAGUUGUAUGGCCACUUUCACUACUGUUCUUUAUGGAACAGAAGGUGGUCAAUUAGGUCACAAUUGUAACACUGAAGAUAAUUUCUCCUGCAAAGGUAUUUUCCGGGCUCGUUCAGCAACUUUUGCAACCUUAACCUGGUGCGAGCUGAUCUUAGCUUGGGAAGUGAUGGAUGCUAGAAGGUCUUUUUUUAGAAUGCAUCCAGAAUUAGGACCCCCUGUCAGACAAUUUUUCAAAGAUCUGGUAGCUAAUAAGUACUUGUUCUGGUCUAUUACUUUAGGAUUCGCCACUGCCUUCCCAGUGGUUUACAUCCCUGUGAUAAAUACUAAGGUCUUUUUGCAUGGGCCGAUAGGAUACGAAUGGGCAUUGGCAAUAGCUUACACAUUUGUGUUCCUGUUGGGAAUAGAGAUGUACAAAUACUUCAAGAGAGUCUAUCUCAGAUUGUCGCCCAGGAUUCGGAAAACCAAGGCAGAUUCAGAACAAAACCUCAAUGCGCUCGAUUAUCUAGGAGAAGUUCAGCCACUCUCCAUAGACAAAAAACCUUGCAACACUAGUGAAACUCGAGUCGGUGAUAGUGACUCCGACUGA